AUGUCUUGUGAACCACUACCACCAAAUGUACAACUACAUGUACUUCGUCCCCUCUCACCGUUAGAACGAUACUACACAAUCCGCCAGGAACUAAACUACUACAAAAACAUCAUCUCCUACGUACGCUACACCCACACAAAACUGUCAUUGAUUCCAUUCGCAAAUGUGAGGUCAGAAGUAACGCCAAUACUCUAUAGAGCACUGAGAUCUUUGAUUUUGACACAUCCAGCGCUUUCGGCUGCAUUCUUUUGUAUAAAAUCUAAUUCGCCGAGUUUUGUGCAUAUUCCUGUUGGAGUACAGGAAUUAGAACGAUUGAUGGAGGCACAGCAUGAUAUUGGAUUUAAUCAGGAUAAUUUUAAUAUACCGUUAUGGCGUGUGGUAUUUGUGUUGAAUAAAGCACGGAGGAACGAGCUUGGUGUAUUUUUUGUAUAUCAUCAUGGAAUUGGUGAUGGACAAAGUUCUUUUGCUUUCCAUAACUUCUUUUACAAGUUUUUGAACGAAAAUUUAGAUUUAUUUGAUCCGAAUAGAUCGAAACUUGAUGUUACUGCACUCAGCAAAGAAGCAAAAGUUGAUGUGCCGCUAAGGCCACAUCCACAACCAAUCAACGAAAGAAUCUCACUUCGUCCUCCUCUUCAUAAAAUAGUUCCUCUUAUUGCACCACAUAUUAUUAUCCCUUCUUUCAUUCGAACAUUCACAGAAAAUGAAUACUGGGCCGGAGACAUUCCUUCAAAAUCUCUGGAUACUUAUCACACAAAAGUAAAAAUAUUCACGCUGACAAAAGAUGAACUUCAAAAAGUAUACGGAUACGCUAAAAACGAAGAUAGCACAAUUCACGCCGCGUUAUACGCGGCAGUACUAUUUUCAGCUGCAAAAUAUCUUGUGACGGUAACGGUAACCAGUAACUCGAAAUUCAAGAAAAAAUCAACUUUAUCUCUUAAAAUACCAACACCGAUUUCUCUUCGUCCGACCGUCAAUCCACCAAUCUCCCAAAAUGAAAUUGGUGUAUACUUGACAGAGUUCACUUCCAAUUCACUAGUGAGAAUAAUUCAUCAAACAGAGUUUUGGAAAUUAGCAAGAGAAUGGCGAAGAGAUUUUUUAAAAAAUAAACCUGAGGCUAUGCAUAAAAUCUGGCUGCUGAGAUUUGUGGGAGAGCGUUACGAAGAGUGGAUAAAAUUGCUGAAAGGAUGGCGAUUUGCAAAAGAGAAUGGUGGAAUGGGAAGAAAUGCUUCCGGCGAAAUAUCUAAUUUGGGAAGAUGGAUUGUUACUGAUGAAAAAAGAGAUAGUACUGAUCCAAAAGUAAGUAUGAAAGAAGAAAAAUGGGCAAUUAUUGAUAUGACAUUCUCACAGUGUGCAUAUGUGGUUGGCUCAGCUUUCAACAUUAAUGUCGUAACACAUAGCGACAAUUUUCGAGGCACAGUGACAUAUCAAAAGGGCGCAAUUUCCGACGAUAAAAUGGAGAAAUUUGUUCGUGGAUUGAUCGACGCUUUGAAAUGUGUAGCUGAAAAAGGAGAUGUCAAAUUUGGAGAACUUUAA